UGUAGCAGCUGUGACAGAAAAUGGCUGGCAUUGAGCGUGGCUCUAAUAUGUUUUUGCCUCUGUUUUAAUCUGCUCCCGUUCACGAUAUGCACCGUUGCAUGUAGCAGAUAAACACGAUGUUCAAGAAGGCGAAACGAGCAAACUUUCGGCGGAGGAACGAGUCGGACGAGGAUGAGCCGGAGGAGGGGGCGCCGCAGCAGCCGCUGCCGCUCACCUCGUUCGGGCCUGUGAUGGAAAUCCCGUUCAUGGAGACCUCCGCUAGCAGCAUUAGCUCCGAGAACUAUCCGAGCAACGGCUUCUUGUCCAGCCUGAGCAGCAUCAGGCCCAUCAAGAAAGAGAAGAAGAGCAAGGACGUUCCGAUUAUACCAGGACCCACUAAAGCCAGUCUGCUGAGUUUUGACGAUGACGAAGAAGGGUCCGAGGUGUUCAGAGUGAAGAAAUCCAACCACAGCAAGAAGAUUGUCAAACAGCUGAAGAAAGAAUACAAGGAGGAUCUGGAGAAGUGUGGAUAUAGCAAACAAGAGAUCAAAUCAGAUGGCCCACUGCAGCCUGUGGUUACGAUUAAAGAGGAAGUUACCAGCAAGACAGGUAGUGACCAAGGGGAGGAAGAAAUGGAGGUGGACAGCGCUGAUGAACACGAGGAGGAUGCAAAGGGUCAAACUGCUCAGCCUCCCAGGAGCAACAACAGCGGGGCAACAUUCAACACACUGUCCUCCCUCGGUAGCUUGAGACCAGGGGAGAUUCCAGAUGCAGCGUUCAUACAUGCAGCCAGGAAGCGCCGGCAGAUGGCCAGAGAGCUGGGAGGUGAAGCCCCUCUCGUAGAAACAGAGACUCCUAAGAAACGGCUGGUUCGAGAAGACCAAGAUGCCAGCGAUGACGAAGAUGAAGAAGAGAAGAGGAUCCGUUUCAGCGCAGUUAAAAACAAAAGCCAGAGACAGAAGAUCGCUGAAGAGAUAGGUAUCGAGGGCAGUGAUGACGAGGCAUUGGACACCGGUCAGGAUGAAGAGGUGAGCCGGUGGGAGCAGGAGCAGAUACGAAAAGGAAUCAGCAUACCCCAGGUCCAAAGCAGCCAGCCGGAGGAAAACACCGUCUACUACCAGAACAGCUACGAGACGCAGCCCUACGGCUCUUCCUACAGCUUGCCCUUCGCCUACACUGCUGUGGCUCCCCAGACCGGCAAGCCGCCCGGGCAUGCCGACAACGGCUCUGUUCACUACGGUGCACCAAUUAGUGAUCUAACCCCAAUAUCCAUUGAUUUGGUAAAGAAACGCCUGCAGGAUAGGCUCGGCCAAAUGCACGCAGGUCACAAGGCAAACGUCAAGCGCUACAAACAGAUCAAAGAGGACCUGGGUGCUUCUGAGAGCACCAUCCAGCAGCUGGAGGGCUCAUCCAGUGACAAUGCAGAUCAAUAUAAAUUCUUGCAAGAGAUGCGAGGGUAUGUUGGAGACUUGCUUGAGUGUUUCAGUGAAAAGGUGCCUGCUGUCCUGGAGCUGGAGGCUGCCAUGCACCAGUUACUAAGGCAACGGGCCUCACGCCUUGUCCAGAGAAGACAGGAUGAUAUUAAAGAUGAAUCGGCGGAGUUUGCAAGCCUUUCAAAUAAAGCUGUCAUGGCUCCUAAUCUAGACUCGUUUGGUCGAGACCGCGCAGCAUACCAAGAGCACAAUCGUCAGAGGAGGAUAGCUGAGAGGGAAGCACGACGAACGAGGCGACGCCAGGCGAGAGAGCAGAAUGGAAGGAGGGCGGAGCACAACGAGGGCCUGUCAUCUGACGACGAGGAAACCUCGACAGACAUCACCAGCUUCAACAUGGAGAGAGACCGUAUCGUCCGAGACGGCAAGAAAGUGUUUGAGGACGUGGUGGAUGACUUUCACUCACUGGACUGCAUCAAAUCCCAUUUUGAAGUGUGGAGGAGAAGCUACGCCGACUGCUACAGAGAAGCUUACAUCGGCCUCUGCCUGCCCAAGCUGUUUAACCCCUUAGUUCGUCUGCAGCUCAUAACGUGGAAUCCUCUGGAGACGCAGUGUGCCAACUUCGAGUACAUGCUCUGGUUCGAGUCGCUGUUGUUUUACGGCUUUGACGAGCACAGCACGCUGCAGAAAGGCGAUGCGGAUACCAGCUUGUUGCCCGCCAUCGUCGAAAAGGUCAUUCUCUCCAAGCUGACAGAGCUGGCGGAGCAAGUGUGGGACCCGCUGUCAAGCAGUCAGACGGCCAGGCUGGUGGGCUUCAUUCACAGACUAAUGAAAGGCUAUCCCACUGUGCUGCACGGGGACAACCGAUACACACAGGAACUUUUGAAAACCAUUGUCUACCGGAUAAGGCGAACACUGGAUGAAGACAUUUUCCUUCCACUCUACCCCAAAACUGUGCUGGACAACAAGAAUAGUGGUCCCUACCUGUUCUACCAAAGGCAGUUCUGGACCUGUGUAAAGUUGCUGGGCAAUAUCCUGCAGUUCGAAGGCGUCUUAUCCACCUCCUGUUUGAGGGACCUGGCUCUGGACAGCACUCUCAAUCGAUACAUCCUUUCUGCACUGCAGACCACCGACACCGAGGAGGAGAACGUCCAUAAGUGCCAAAAGGUGGUGGAGUGUUUGCCAGCGCAGUGGUUCUCUGGACUGAAGGGCCAGCAGACGCUGCUGCAGCUGGAGCCGUUCUGCCGCUACCUCACUCACGUGGCCAGCUCCUUACACCGCAGCAGCUUGGGCGCAGCUGAUGUCGAACGUCGUACUUCCAAGGAGCAAGUCAGAGAAGUGGUGAGGAUGUUGGGCCGCAUGAACGCGCUGGACCACAUCAUCCGCGUGGCGGCAGAACUCGGCAUUAAAGACAUCAAGCCUCUCCUGGAAGCCAAGUCAUAGACAAAGACACGAGCAGAUUUGUGUCUGCUUUGUUUUUUUGUGUACUUCGCCGUUCCACGCUCGAGCUGAUGAGCGAGGACUGCCGGAGAGAAUUCAGCUGCUGCCCUGACCUGAACCCUAAAACUUGUAGACCUUGUAAAUAUUGUAAAUGUUGUAUAGAAAAGUUUGUUUGCACACCUAUCGGCACAGGACAGAAGCUGAAAUAAGGUGUUUUAUUGUCAGCGAAAAGACUGUUACACGCUGGCAGGAUUUUAAAUGCACCGUUCGUCCAGAGGAAGAAUUGACAUGAAGUUCUUUUUGGAAAACAUUGGAUCAUCAAACUGACACCAUAUUCACUCUGGCUGUCCGUACAAAAACGCCUGAGCACCUUCACUCCUCACACAGACCCUCAUUUCCAUGUGUGCCAAAUGAACAAAAGCUGCACACGAGCAAACACUUGAAACCCAUUAGUCUGUGAACAGUUCUCAGUGUAAAUGAUCCGGUCGUUUGUUCCCUGACUCUGUCAAAAAAAAAAUCUACCCCGAUCUUGUGAGAGAAGCAGCAUGCUCUGCUGCAUAAGACUUGUUUUAUUUGUCUAUUUGCCUGUGAAUAAAAUAUACAUUUCA